CCAAAGCAAGCCGCUGUCGCUGCUGCUGCUGCUGCGUGUCAGUAUCGACAAGUCAUCGUAUUCGUAUGCGCCAACCGGACGAACCUCUCCGGUCGCUUCCCCGGUUCCCCCUAUAUCCCUUCUUCCUCCUCGUCUCCCACCUCCGUAUACUGUGACCUCCUUGCUCCGUACGUCUGGAUCAGCUAGCCGGAGCUCCGCACCAGCUAGCCGGCCGGCCAUGGGGAACUUCUGCGUGUGCAUGGGCGGCUCCGCCAAGUGCGCCAGCGCCUCCACCCCCUUCGAAUCAAAGGUGAACCCGAGGAGCAGCACCUCCAACUCCAACUCCAACUCCAAGGCGUCGCGCCGGGGUAGCUCCGGCCCGGAGAAGCCGCAGGUGGCGGAGGUGCAGGCGGCGGCGGCGGGGGAGGAGGUGGCGGAGGUGCCGGCGUCGCUCAAGUCGUUCAGCAUGGCGGACCUGCGGGCGGCCACCAAGAACUUCGGAUCCACGUCCUACCUCGGGGAGGGCGGGUUCGGGUGCGUGUACAAGGGGUGGAUCGACGAGGCCACGCUCGCCCCCGCCAGGCCCGGCGCCACCAACGCCAUGAUGGUGGCCAUCAAGAAGCUCAAGAAGGAGAGCUUCCAGGGCCACCGGGAGUGGCUCACCGAGGUCACCUACCUCGGCGACCUCCACCACGACAACCUCGUCAAGCUCGUCGGCUACUGCUCCGACUCGGACAGCAACAAGCUGCUGGUGUACGAGUACAUGCCCCGCGGCAGCCUCGAGAACCACCUGUUCCGGCGGGGCAGCCAGCCGCCGCUGCCCUGGUCCACGCGCGUCGCCGUCGCCGUCGACGUCGCCCGCGGCAUCGCCUUCCUCCACUCCCGCGACGUCAUCUUCCGGGACCUCAAGUCCUCCAACGUGCUCCUCGGCCCCGACCACCGCGCCAAGCUCUCCGACUUCGGCCUCGCCAGGGCCGGCCCCACCGGCGGCAAGUCCCACGUCUCCACCCGCGUCGUCGGCACCCGCGGCUACGCCGCGCCCGAGUACGUCGCCACCGGCCACCUCUCCGCCAAGAGCGACGUCUACGGCUUCGGGGUCGUGCUGCUGGAGCUCAUGACGGGGCGCCGCGCGCUCGACGAGUCCCGCGGCCUGGCGUCGGAGCUGCUGGUGGACUGGGCGAUGCCGAUGCUCCAAGGGGAGCGGCGCAAGGUGAUACGGGUCAUGGACACCAGGCUCGGCGGGCAGUACCCCAAGAGGCAGGCGCAGGACAUGGCCGCCCUCGCGCUCCGAUGCCUCCAGAACGACCCCAAGAGCCGCCCUUCCAUGGCCGACGACGUCCUGCCCUCCCUCCAGCUGCUCCUCCAGCCAACCACCGCCGCCAAGUCCUCCUCCUCCUCCUCCUCCUUGACGACGACGUCCUCCAGAUCGCCGGCCACGACCAUGACGACGCCGGUGCAAAGAGGCCACCGUCGUCACCAUCGCUAGCUAGCCAGCUGGGAAGAGACUAUGUUCAUUUAAUUAUUGUGUUCAAUUAGUGUGUUCAUCUGUGCAGCAAUAGAAUAGAAUUUCUAGAUUGGAAAUUGGACAUCUUUUUCUUUCUCGUUUCCGCCGUUUGGAAUAUUUUUCUUUUUCGAAAUGGCCGUUGGCCGUUUGGAAUAUUGGACACACGAACAUAUGUUGGAAUUUUUUUGUUAAGAGCUUGUAAAACAAUCUUAUGAGAGAGAGAAAGUAGUAUAUUGGAAGUA